AAAAAUAAUGUAAACUUAAUACAAUACAAAGCAUUUCUAUUUAUAUUACUAUUAAUUAAUCUAAUAAUUUGAAAAUUUCAAUUUAAAUCGACUAAGAAUUAAUAUGAAUCCGGUAUAUUUUCCACAUUCAUGGGAGUACUUUUAUGUUUUUGCUUUAUGAAUAUGAUAUUUUUUGGACAUUUCUAAUAAUAUCGAUCUUGAUUCCUAUUUUAGCAUUUCUAAUUUCUGGAAUUUUAGCUCCGAUUAGAAAAGGACCAGAAAAACUUUCUAGUUAUGAAUCCGGAAUAGAACCGAUGGGCGAUGCUUGGUUACAAUUUCAAAUCCGUUAUUAUAUGUUUGCUCUAGUUUUUGUUGUUUUUGAUGUUGAAACGGUCUUUCUUUACCCAUGGGCAAUGAGUUUUGAUGUAUUGGGGGUAUCCGUAUUUAUAGAAGCUUUAAUCUUUGUGCUUAUCCUAAUUGUUGGUUCAGUUUAUGCAUGGCGAAAGGGAGCAUUAGAAUGGUCUUAAUUCUUGAAUAUUUAGACAAUUAAACAAAACAUUGAGACAGUUAUGAAUUCCAUUGAGUUUCCCGUACUUGAUCAAAAAACCAAAAAUUCAGUAAUUUCUACAACAUUAAAUGAUCUUUCAAAUUGGUCAAGACUAUCCAGUUUAUGGCCACUUCUCUAUGGUACUAGUUGUUGCUUCAUUGAAUUUGCUUCUUUAAUAGGAUCACGAUUCGACUUUGAUCGUUAUGGACUGGUACCACGCUCUAGUCCUAGGCAGGCCGACCUCAUUUUAACAGCGGGCACUGUAACUAUGAAAAUGGCUCCUUCUUUAGUUCGAUUAUAUGAGCAAAUGCCCGAACCUAAAUAUGUUAUUGCUAUGGGAGCCUGUACAAUUACAGGAGGUAUGUUCAGUACCGAUUCUUAUAGUACUGUUCGGGGCGUUGAUAAACUAAUUCCUGUGGAUGUCUAUUUGCCGGGUUGUCCGCCUAAACCAGAAGCUGUUAUAGAUGCUAUAACAAAACUUCGUAAGAAAAUAUCUCGCGAAAUCUAUGAGGAUCGAAUUAGUUAUCAACGAGAGAAUAGAUCACCCGGAGGAUUAUUAGCUAGUGUCUAUCAUCUUACCAGAAUAGAGUAUAGUCUAGAUCAACCAGAAGAGGUAUGCAUAAAAGUAUUUGCCCCAAGGAAAAAUCCCAGAAUUCCUUCUAUUUUCUGGGUUUGGAAAAGUGCGGAUUUUCAAGAAAGGGAAUCUUAUGACAUGUUAGGAAUAUCUUAUGAUAAUCAUCCGCGUCUGAAACGUAUUUUAAUGCCAGAAAGUUGGAUCGGAUGGCCUUUGCGUAAAGAUUAUAUCGCCCCCAAUUUUUAUGAAAUACAAGAUGCUCACUAAAUGAUAAAAAUAAGAAAAAAAUCCGCACUUCGAGAACCCCAAAUAUUCAAGAAAUAUAUGUACAUUUUCUUUUUCUUAUAGAUUAGAAAGAGUCAUGUAGAUUUCGAUAAAUAAAUAAAAAAUACAAUAAAAGAGGGAUUCAUUGAGAUUCUAAAAUUGGAACGAUACUUAUUUCAGGUAAGUCAAUAGGAUAAACUGAAAAAGUUCUGCAUCAUUAACUAUGUAAGAUGCACAUCAACAUCAAUUCGAUAUCCGUCUACGAAAAAGAAAAAGUACGAUCAAAGCAAAGAAAUACCAAAAAAAUAGACCAUAUUUUUUUAUAAUGUAUCUGAGAUGAAUUGAGACUAUUUCCACCUCUGAACUCCCCUAAACUUUUAAGUAUUUCAAUCAAUUAAUUUAACCAUUUGAAUAUUGUUGAAAUAUUAACAUUCUUUUUGGAGCGCAGAAAAAAGCGAAACUAAAUCGAAUCAUUCAUUUUCAGACUGACUUUCUAUACCUAGAAUAUACAUCUAUUCUUUCUUCAUCUAGAAAGAGCAUAUCUCCCUCCGUACACCUAGAUAAAUUUUG